AGUUGACUUCAUCUUUAAAAGAGAGGCUACCAUAAUUGUUAGUAUCAGGGGUAAUUGUAAUAACUAGCGUCCAUUUUUCACAGAGAGGCGCUUAGAGCAGAGAGAUAUCGAAGGUGGUCGCUCGACUUUCUCCAUUAAAGAAUUCGCUUUCUCUGGUUGCUUGAUUUUAUUUUUUUUGUGCCCUAAAACAUGCUUCCUCUUUCUCUACUUAAGACUGCUCAAGGCCACCCUAUGUUGGUGGAACUGAAAAAUGGAGAGACUUAUAAUGGGCAUUUGGUCAAUUGUGAUACUUGGAUGAACAUCCAUCUCCGUGAAGUCAUCUGCACCUCCAAGGAUGGAGAUAGGUUUUGGCGAACGCCUGAAUGCUACAUUCGUGGGAAUACUAUCAAGUAUCUUCGAGUUCCUGAUGAGGUAAUUGAUAAAGUUCAAGAAGAAACCAAGAGUCGCUCAGAUCGGAAGCCACCAGGGGUGGGGCGUGGAAGAGGAAGAGGUAGAGAAGAUGGUCCCGGUGGAAGGCCAGCAAAAGGGAUUGGGCGUGGCCUUGCUGAUGAUGGAGGUCCCAAGGGCAUGGGUGGUGGCCGUGGUAGAGGUGGUCCAGGUGGAAAGACUGGUGGGAGCAGAGGUGCAGGGCGAGGCCGAGGUUAAUGUGGGUGAUGGUGCCCAGACAAUGCUUUGGGCGAGUCUGCUACUUUUAGAGGACAGGUGCUGGGCGAGGCCGGGGUUAAUGUCGGUGACGGUGCCCGGAUGCUUUGGGCGAGUCUGCUACUUUUAGAGGCAUUUUGCGCCCAACUUUCCAUGUGAAAUGUUCUCUCCUUAGCAUAUUCCUGUUGAAUGGUUGAUUUCGAAUUCUAAUGUAGGUACUACAUAGUAUUACAGAGAAACAGAAUUAAAGAGCUUGUAUUGUGAAUUGCCUUUUCUGAACAUGUCUUGCGUUGUUGGUUUGAUCAUUCACCAGUUAAUUCUCUGGUUUUUCUCUUAA